CCCAUCAAUUGACAAGCGAUGAAGAGAGUAUACGCACCGUCCUGUGUCUCGACAUAUCAGAGAGCAUGGCUUCUGGGAACGCAUGGUCGCAGGCCAAAACGUUUGUCAACGAUUUUCUAAAUGGAUUGGAAAUGCUGUUGACCCAGUUUGGACCCAUGGGACUUAAACAGGAAUAUGUAGGUUUAGCAACAUUUGGGCAUGAAACUUAAACAUCAACUGCUAGCAACUGCAAAUUAUGCAACCGUUCGAGACAAAAUAGAGACUUUUCAAUUGGGCGGACCAAGUCCUUUAUUCGCAGGCCUUUGGUUUAGCUUAGCGGGUGCGACAUCUUGCAGAGCAACUGCAACUACAGCAGGUAGUAUCAUACUUGGUCCGCGAAUUAUUGUAAUCACCGACGGCAAGCCAACGGAAACUAGCCUGCGAGGUGGUCCCGAUACCCAGACAAAUAAGGAUGAGACGAUGACUUCAAUGUUAGGAUGCCUACAAGAAAUAGAAGAGAGAGGUGCGACGGUGUUUUUUGUAGGCGUCGGAGAUUAUGACGAGGACUUUUUAAAACUCGUCACGGCUUCGGAAGGGCGGAAAAAGCUGUUUGGCUAUCAAGAUGGUCGAAGACUUGCCAAGAGAACCUAUCUUUGUACAAAAACAGCGUUGUUCGACGAAUCCUCAUUUAUGCAAAGUGGAGCUAUGCAGUCUGCGGAUGAUUAUGAGGAUAUACAAGACAUUCGACUUGACUCGAUGAAACGAUUAGGUCAAAUACAAGAAGUAAAGAGUACGGCUUAUUUUGAAAAUAAAAACGACGCAUUUCCGGUUAUUGGUUCCCGAGUUCGCCGAGGCCCCGACUGGAUGUUCGAUGAUCAAGACAACUACGGGCCUGGAACCAUCGUCGGUCACUCAGAACAUGAUUAUAAAGUCUGGGUAACAUGGGAUAUCGAUAACGUGAUAGCGCAGUACAGAUACGGUAUGGGAGAAUACGACGUGUUGAUUGUGGAUGAGUCUCGUGAGUUGAAACCUGGGGAGAAAAUAGCGAUUGGUUGUCGAGUGAAACCAGGUCGGGACGCAAGAUUAAAAGAUUUGUCUGGUUCUAUCGAGGGUGUCGUCGUACGCAUGAAUUCAGCAAAUGCAGAGGUGCGUUGGAACUACGGAAAACGUGGGGAUUACAGUUACGGUGCAGAUGGUCGAUGUGAAAUAGUGUGUUUUGAGUCGUGGUGAAAAACAUUCGUCCACUUAUAAAAAGCAUUUCAACCUAACAUGAACCGCAUCGCAUGGACAAUCGGGCGACUAUAACCACAGCAGAAACACAACUGCAUCGGGCACCAAAACGAGGUCCAACAAGAAUAAAAACAAAAAUGCAAGCACAUGAAAAUCUCAAUUAUGGUACUUUAGGGUCUAAAAUCCAAAAUCAAUUAAAUAAGCUUCAAUGUAAAUCGAAAUGUUCAAGAACGCUGUGCAAAAUACAAUGAAGACUAAGAUAUUCAGACUAGGAUUUGUUGUUACAUGUUUAUUGUAUGCGGAUGGUAUUGUAUAGUUUAACGUGACUGUACAGAUCGUUACCAAAGGCAUAGGAACUUUUCUAACAAUGAUUUUCAUGACGUAUAUUGUUUCGUGUACUUAAUGUUGUAUGUUUAUGAAAUAUUUCGUGUAUAUGUAUGUUUUAUUACAAACCCAAUACAGCAUUUAAAGGCAAUAA